CGCGGAACAUUGAUUUUCUGUUGCGAACAUGUUGCCACCAUGUUGCGAACAUCGGUAGUCCAUUACUAGCCACGAACAAUGUUCCGUACAAUGUUGCGAUCUUAGUGUAAACGCGCCUUUACAAACACAAUACCUACUUACUCUACGGACACAAGUUAACCUGGUUAUGCACCACAGCUACUAGGGGGCACUGCUUCUAUGCAUUCCUCAGUUUUUAAGUGACUUCAAUGUGAAGCGGAUUGUUUGCAACCAAUUCGACGUGUGGGGUUAGGUUUGUGUGUGUGUGUGUGUACUAAGGUGCAAGUAGAUCUAAAAAGAGCAUACAUAUCAGAGGAUAAAGCCUAUCGCCCGAAAGAAAGUGAUUGGAAAACAUUAUAAUCGAGAAUGCCUCAGACAAGAAAAGUAUGCUUGUAUUGGUAGAUUAUUCUGAUGUUUUCGUACUUGAAUUAUGUGUAGGUUAGCAAGUGAGAUUUGAAGAAAAAAGGAAGGAAGAUUAGGGUUUAACAGCAUGUGGUGCCGAUGUCUUAGAGACGGAAGAUUUCAAGAUUUGGAGGUGAAAGCAUAUAUUAAUCGAUCAGCAUAGUUCAUCUGAUAUAUAGAGAAGCUACAUGCGAUACAAAGCAUUGAGUGUUUUAGAACUAAACAUCACAAUGUAGUUGAAACGUUUCAGUUAAUGGACCCAGGCAACAUUGUACUGGCUUCCACUGUGACUACUCAGUGUUACCGUAUAGCGUGGAGCAGGCAGCUGAGUUAGCUGUAUGAGUUCUGUGAAUGUGAUGUUUUCGUACUUGAGUUCUGUAUAGGUUAGCAAGUGAGAUUUGAAGAAAAAAGGAAGGAAGGUUAGGGUUUAACAGCAUGUGGUGCCGAUGUCUUAGAGACGGAAGAUUUCAAGAGUUGGAGGGUCAUACUUCCAAGGGUAAAAAUGGAUCAAAACCAAUCCAUAAUGGUAAUGACCAAAUUGCUGCAAGUGCAGAAGAUAGCAGUGAACAGACACAGCAGUUUCAGUUAGAAUUGUACUGGUGUAUUCGCCAGUUGGAGGCAGUGCUUCAUACAGAUAAAAUGACUCCAAGGCAAGCUCAAGAUGCCAGUCGCGCAUUGAAUGUACUAAAGAGCAAAACUGCACCUUUAAUAAAAAAACGCCAAGUUAUGAGGACAACAUUUGGUGACUACAGAGUCAAAAUGUCGGAGGAGGAAAAGCAAUUUAACAAGACAAAAACACAGCUGAGAUUGGCUGCUGUAGAACCAGACAAAAAGUCUCAUUUUUUCAAAAAAUGUUCUUCAUUGUCCAGCAGUACAACAACAAAUGCUAAAGAAGAAGAGAUGGACAACUGUGAUGAGACAAAAUGUACUGAAACCUCUGAAGACAGAAAAAAAUUAUAUGAAGCAUUAAAUGGAAGCUGUUUCAGAUUCAACUUUGAAUGACAGGUUUAUGUAGAAUUUUGUGAUGUCAUCAACAAUAUUCCAUACAUAAAUACACAUUUUAUUUGAAAUUUCCUUUGUUUAUUGGACUUACAAUUCUGUAAAUAAAUUUUCUAUGGAAAUUUA